CGGUACUGUACGGACGUUGUACGGUAUGUGACGGCACAUAUCUCAUGCGUUUCGGUGAUGUAGAUGUCAACCACCAAUAUUCACUAUGGACGUUAUGAGAGGACUUUUGUUUGCAGCUUUUGUUUUGAUGGUUGCACUAGAGGUUUCAGCAACCUUAUCAAAAAGUGAUAGAGGAAGGAAAAAGAAGAGUAAACAGGAAGAAGAGGUUCCAAAAUUAUCCGACAAGAAUGUUAAAGACAGAGGAUUGAUAAAUUCAGAUGUAAAAUGGAAGGAUAUAGUCAAUAAUCAUGCCACUUUCUGUGAGGUAGAAAAACACAAGAAGACAUUCCAGGGGGAGACACUUGGAUUUGUUACACCUUGGAAUAGCCAUGGUUAUGAUGUUGCCAAGACAUUCAAUAAAAAGUUUACAUAUGUAAGUCCAGUUUGGUUACAAGUAAAGAGAAAACCAGGAGGAGCAUUUGUAAUUACUGGUGGACACGAUAUUGACAAAGGUUGGGUAUCAGAUGUCAAGAAAAGCAAAUCAACAAAAAUGGUGCCUCGUAUAUUGUUUGAUGGUUGGUCAGGGAAGGAUUAUCAAGCAUUGUUCAGUAGUGAAGAUGUCAUAGAAGAUUGUAUAGAUACAAUUCUUGACUUUAUAAAGGAGAACAGUUUUGAUGGAGUUGUGGUGGAGAUAUGGUCCCAGCUUGGUGGAAAUGCCAAGAAAGAACUUGUUCAUUUUUUGAGUCACAUGGCAGAUAGUUUCCAUAAUGCCAAUAAAGAAUUAAUACUGGUGAUACCUCCUCCUGUAUAUGAUAAAAAUUCUCCUGGAAUGUUUGGAAAAGAAGAAUUUGAUCAGCUGGCUCCGAAGGUGGAUAAAUUUACUUUAAUGACCUACGACUUUUCAAAUCCUUCCAGACCAGGUCCUAACAGCCCAUUACCAUGGAUGAAACAAUGUGUAACUGUAUUAGAUCCUGCAGGAACGUCUCCAUACAGAUUUAAGAUAUUACUAGGACUCAAUUUCUAUGGCAACGAUUAUUGGUCAGGCACAGGAGAAGCUCUUUUAGGAAAUAAAUUUAUAGAAUUAUUACAGAAAUAUAAACCAAAGAUAGCAUGGGAUGAAAAUAUUGCAGAACAUUAUUUCCAGUAUACGGCUGGGAAGACAAAACAUGCCGUAUUUUAUCCAACACUGCACUCAAUCCAUGACAGAAUAAAGUUAGCAUCAGAACUUGGCAUAGGAAUAUUUAUAUGGGAAAUCGGGCAAGGCCUGGACUAUUUUUACGAUUUGUUAUGAAUAUUCUUUAAUUGUACUCUAUGUCUUUUUUAAUGUUUUAUUUUAUGAAAUUAAAUAUUUAUUUUUGUA